GGCAUCAGUGCGCCGGCGUCGCUGCCGAGGUGCACUACCGCUUCAUAUACUUCAGUUCAGUCGUAGCAGUACCCUACGUGAGUAGAAGUAUUCAAAGAAUCAAUCGAGUCGUGAUUAAACAAGGCUGCGAAUACUUCAAAUAGGUAUACAUGAAACUGCAUUUAUUUUUCCCACGGCUAUAAAUCAUAAAGAGACGCACCGCUGUUGUUAGAUAGGGUUUUACAAUACUGCGUUAUAGACUUUCGAACUAAUCAUGUGGGCGGUGGAGCCCUUCAAAAGUACUGAGACAAACAGAAUACCAUACGAAUUUGUGGGAAUCCCGCAUGGUCCAUACAUGAGAGAAACAUCGUGCGACGACCGCCGAGCUUAACCGUAGCGCUACGGCGAGGGCGCGAGUGCGCGAGGGGAUACGAACCAACACCGGGGGAGUGGCCCGCUGACGUCGCUAUUGGCUCCUCACACUACAAUAUUAUAGUCACAAGCGCCUCUUUACAGCGACUCAAUAUCAAACUUCAAAGCGAGCCACACAGAUCAUAAUAGUUCUCGAGCAUAUCGUCACUGCGCGUCGAACACGCCAAUCAUUGGCUUGAAAUGUACGCGGAGAGUCGUAUUAUGGAAAUAUAAAUUGACCAACCGUAGAGCAAAUUCGGUUAGUUCGUUAAAGUUAAUUGAAGCCAUUUAACCGGGACGGAUACAAGGAUACGAACGGCGCGAGCGUUCGUCGAUCCCGAAACGUAGAUUAAAUGAAGGCAAAUUGUUUAUUACUGAAAUUAAUAAUUAGUCGGUGAGCAGAUCUCGGCUGGGCCGAGGCAAGCACGGGGCCGAGCAUCAGCGAGAUCUUCGCGACGGAGUCCAGCGAGGUGGGCGCGGAGGUAGCGGGCCCGCACCCGCCGCCACCCGACGGCUAUAUGUACGUGUGCGGGGAUGGAGCCCUAGGGCCGGCCGCUCGCUACGAGUGUGCCUUCGAACAAGCACCAUCUUCCAUGGAACAACCACCCUUUGACGAACAGAUGUUUACUGAUUUCGGAAAAGAUCGACACGUUCAGGUGGUCGUCGGAUCCGUUGGUGAACUCCAAUACAGGGAUGAUAUGCCAGUGUAUAGCGGAGGACCCGAUCAAAAACGAAAGGAGGAACCGUUACUACUUCAAACAGUAGAUUCAUCACCGGCAACUCAUCCACCUCCGCCGCCUCCUCCUACAUCAAAAAAGAGUGAUAAAAAGAAAAAUGAUAACAAUGGAAUCAAGAAAAAAAAGACACGUACCACAUUUACUGCCUAUCAAUUAGAAGAAUUGGAACGAGCUUUCGAAAGAGCCCCUUACCCAGAUGUGUUCGCCAGAGAAGAAUUAGCUCUCAAGCUCAAUUUGUCCGAAUCACGUGUACAGGUUUGGUUCCAAAAUAGAAGAGCGAAAUGGCGCAAACGCGAACCACCACGAAAAACUGGUUAUAUUGGAUCUAGUUCACCCAGUUCUACCACAUUAGGAGGAGGGUUCUCCGGUAUCGGCAGUAAUCUACCAGCGUUUCCUCAAAACGGAAUUCCGGCUCCGGCAGACUCAUGGUCUUAUCAACAUUCUUAUGAGCUAUCGUCACAUCAUUUACUGUCCUCUAGCAGCAGUGGAUACCCAGGAUUUAAUACUCAGCCAGCGUACACCUAUACAACAGUACUCAACGGUCAUGAUGGACAAAUGUUUGCACCUAGGCACUCUUAUGAGUACGGCGAAGGUAGUCCGCCUCCACUGGGGGUGAGAGAUUAUCCAAUGAUGGCGGCGCAUUCACCGCAAAUGGAAGCUCACGGUCAUGACGACAAACUCGAAUAUCGGGCUCAUGACCACGAAGACAAAUACAAUGCGUGCGCCCUACAAGAUGAGCCGCCGCGUUACGCAGGACCUCCUGAGGACUAUGAAAAAUGUGGUAUAGUGACCCAUGAGAAACACUACGAAAUGGAUCGUCACUCGGAGUUAUCACAGCCAGUGGUUGUUAAAAUGGAACCGAGUCCCAACCAGGCCUACACCACCCUGCCCCCUUUUUUGAAUUGAAAUACUCCUUUUCGAAAUUCUCUCACCAAUAAAAUAGAUUAAUUUCGAAAAGGAGUAUUUAUUUAUUUUUGAUUUUAUGUUUGUCAUUUAGGGUGGUAAAGGUGUAGAUAGCUUUUUAGGAUAUUAAAUUUUACUAAUGUCUUUAGCUCUGUUUAUAAAGAUUAUAAUUUUAUUGAUAGAUAUUAUUAAAAAUACGGUUGAUUUAAGAGAAUUGUUUAGAAUGCAUUACCGUCUUUUUUUAUUAGCAUUUUAAGUUUUUUUUUCGCCUAAUAAUCAGAUUAAUUUUAUUAUGGUCUAAACUCUACAGAUAUACCAAAGAAUGAAAGCGUGUUUGUUAAUAUCAUGUAAAAUUAAAUUUCAAUAUUAUAGGUGCCUAGGUAAAUGUUUAGGUUAAAUGAUUGAUAUGUUAUUAAAACCUAUUUUCGUAUAGGAAACUUCACUUCUUGUGCAUUCCUUGUGCCUUAAUGAUAAGAUUACAUUUGGAUAGUGUUAAAAUAUAUAUUGAAAGUUUUCUCAAUUUAUUUUAGGUAUGUACUUAGUUUGAUAGUUAGAAGAGAUUUUAAUUUCGAUCGUUAGCUUUUUUAUCUUAUUCUUAUCUUAUUAGUUAAUAUUACAUACAAUGAUUGAAUGACUACACUGAUUGCCAACUAAUCACAUUCGAAUAAUUAUAUUUUAAUAACGUAAAUUUCAACAAUCAAUAGACGCGCGAAAUCCACGCGAUAAAAUGCAAGACGCUUCUUGGUAGUGGUAUUCGCGUUACACUCUUUAUUUUAAAACGAGUAAAUAAUUUGGUUUAGUUUAGAAAAUUACUAGUGGUUUUCGUUUACAUUACGUAUACUAGUUUUUUGCUGGUUUCGGAAUCGAUUCCCACAUACUAUGCUUAAGAAAACCUCUAGGGACUAUUCUGGCUUCGCCCUAAGCCGUGCGCGAGCUCACGGGGCUCAGCCUAAAAGGAAUUGAAAACAUCUGCCCUAGCAGGAGCAAUGUUUCACUGAAUCUACCAUCGGAACAGAAUCGGGACCCACUGAGAAGAUCUGGCGACAACCCACUAAGGGUUGUCAACGGGUUGAUCGCUACUUUAUGAACGUCAGUAAUUGUAUGCAAAACAUUAAUUUGUUGAAAGUAUACGCGCAGAUCUUAUUGUAGGUUGAUGUUAGUACGACAGUAACUUAACCAAAGAUGCUUGGCCAGUGCUAUCUAUUAGCGUUAACGUCUGUAGAAAACUAAAAAAAAUUACAUGACUUACAUAUGCUCGCGAAGUCGCGUGGUCUAGCUACGCUAGUAGGCUGGCCCCUUUUAGCGAUAGCUAC